UGACUCCAAACCUCCCAUCUCUAAAUCCACUUGCAGGGCUGAUCUUUCUUCUUUCACUCUUGUGUCAUCAACACACACAUCUCUUCACUCUCUCUCUUCCUCAGCACAGUCCUCAAGAUGAACAAAUACCUUCUCCUGGGCUUCUCUGUUCUGCUCCUCUGUGCAACUGCUCAAUCUCUUGUGUGCAGAGUUUGCAAAUAUAAACUUGGUACUCUCUGUUUCAAGUCGGAUGAGCCCUGCAGAGCCAAAGAAGGCCAGCUAUGUGAGACAACCGAGGUGUACUCAGAUAGAGUAUUGCUCUUCAAAACACACGGCUGUGGCAAAUACGCAGAGCUCUGCAACAGGACUGAGGAGCGGGACAACGCCUUCAAGGUGUCCUAUAAGCGCAGCUGCUGCGAUGCUGACUUAUGCAAUGUUUGAUUUUGCCGUGCCUCCUCUUCCUAAAUGGGCCAAGACUUGGAACUGGGGUGGUAGCUGAUAUGUUUGCUAUAAAGGUUGACAGAGAUGCCUCCUUUCACACUAAGGGUAUUAUCAUGCUACACUAUUAUAGCACUUUUACUCCACUUUUAUUGCCAUGGCUGGAUCCCAUGUUUACUAAGGCUGAGAACUUUCUGGCUGAGAAUUUGAAGUGCCUUGCCUUGAAUUGUUUGCCUCAGGAUUCUAUAGGAUGUCAUCAGGGCAGUUAAAGUUGAAUCAUAGCACUAUAACCAUUUAGUGUAACAGGAUGCCAGGCAAAAGUAUGAUAGCUGGGACCCUACGCUGGUUGUGCACCACGGGUCAGAAUUCAUGAAGGGAACACAUGCGUGAGACAGCGCAACAAGUGAUAGAUGCAGCUGUGAGGGAGGGAGGAGGUCCUGCCCUCCCGGAGCCCCAGCUCUUCCAUUGUCAAAAAACAGGCAGGGGGAAGCACAAGAAGAGGGAAGGGGGAUCUGGUUCCUACCACUCUGUUCACACUGUGCCUUGUAAAAACCUUCCCCGGCCGCCAGCACACUUUCUGCCCUUCGAAGAACGCAGCCCCAGCAGCUGGGAGCAGUCCAAGUGAACUUCCCUUUAUCAAUUCUGACACACAUUGCGCAAGCAAUGUAUGCAUUCCAGGUAUGCAUAGAGUCCCAGUUAUCAUACUUUUGCCAGAUCCCACAACAUGCAAUCAGUAUCUUCCCAAUCUCAUCCCUUCAACCAAAUGUCCUCCAAAGCCACACAUGAUUCUAGCCCAGUAUUUCCCAACCUUCCUACCUGCGUCCCCUUAAUACUUCUUCAUGUUGUAGUGACCCCCAAACAUAGCAUUAUUUUUGUUACUACUACAUAACUGUAAAUUUUUUUCUGUUAUGAAUUAUAAUGUAAAUAUCUGAUAUGCAGGAUAUAUUUUCAUUCACUGGACCAAAUUGGGCACAAACCUGUUAUGCCCAAAUUUGAAUAUUGUUGGGUUGGGGGCGGGGUUGAUUUUGUCAUUUGAGAGUUGUAGUUGCUGGGAUUUAUAGCUAACCUAAAAUCAAAGAGCAUUCUGAACUCUACCAAUGUUGAAACUUGGCACACAGAACUCCCAUGACUUACAGAAAAUACUGAAAGGGUAACAGGUAAACAGCCCAGCCUACUAUUUACCAAACUUGGCACACAGAACUCCCAUGACUUACAGAAAAUACUGAAAGGGUUUGGUAAGCAUUGACCUUGGGUUUGGGAGUUGUAGUUCACUUACAUCCAGAGAGCACUAUGGACUCAAACAAUGAUGGAUCUGGACCAAACUUGGCACAAAUACUCAAUAUGCCCAAAUGUGAACCCUGGUUGAGUUUGGGCGAAAGUAGACCUUGACAUUUCGGAGUUGUAGUUGCUGGGAUUUAUAGUUCACCUACAACCAAAGAGCAUUUUGAACCCCACAAACUAUAGAGUUGGGCCAAACUUCCCACACAGAACCUCCAUGACCAACAGAAAAUAAUGUGUUUUCUGAUGGUCUUUGGCGACCCCUCUGACACUCCCUCACGACCCUCCCCAGGGGUCCUGACCUCCAGGUUGAGAAACACUGUUCUAUCUCCCACCAAGAGGAUGAGAAUCAUACACAUGGCAUGUGCUCACUGUGUGUUUCCUGAAAUAUGUGGGAAGCAUUUCUGGGGGCUUAUUCACAUUACACAAUAGCGGCAUUAUGCUUUCCCUUUAACUGCUAUGGGACACGUCUACAAAAUUUAAAAAACAAUAUUUUGAAUCCAGCACUGGCAGUCUUCAGGUUGCAUGGGGCCCUUGUAUCCUUUAACUCAAAUUAUGAAGAAGGUAUUCUGGAAUUUGUAGGAAAUUCCAGAGUAUCCUAGAGCAUCCUGGCCAUUGGAACUGCUGGAUCAGUGCAAUUUAGCCCAAUCUGUUGUCCACACAAUUUUUUCACCAUCACCCUUUCUGUUUCAGUGCUGGGAAGGAAAUGGGUUUUUAGCCUUCUCUGCCAACUCCCAAGGUUUCUUAGCAUUGAAUAAUUCAAGAAGAUGAAGAAAGGGAAACCAUUUUUGUCUCUAACAGGCAAAUUCUUGUCUUGGCAAAGAAAGAAUAUGGGAAAUAACUUUGUAUAGAAACUUCUUGCAUGACAUGCACAUUUUGCAUUUUGAUAUCUUUUUAAUUCACAUUGUUUGAGACUGGGGCUUGUUGUUUUUUUCUUCC